AUGGCUGAGCACGAGGAUAAACAAAUACCUUUGGCCGUGUCUGGCUGUUUCCAGGACCUCGUCGACUGCCUCAACUCCCUCAAGUCCGACUCCGACUCCGCCCAACUCGAGGACCGCACCUUCAUUCUAUCUGUGGAAGAGUUCCACUACGUUCUCAACUUAAUCCCCGGCAUCCCUUGUAAGAUAGGGAAAUUUUCGUACGACGGCAAAAUCCUGUAUUUCAAAAAUAUGGGUACCAUCCACGAGGGUGUGACUGAAGAACUCCGCGAGCAAAUCAGUAACCAACUCCAACAGUACGCGGCCCAUCCAGUCGUUGGUGCCCUAGUCACGAACUCGUUGAGGUCUCUAGGAGGCCGACCAGUCAUGACUGGUCGCGCCUCCUACCGAGAGCCGGAUUUUUCUUUCGGGGAGGGAAAGAUAUGCACGGUAAUUUGCGUAGAUCUGUACUAUGCGAGAGGCCCCAAUCGUGAAGCCAAGACGGCGGCGGAGCUCGACCGCUCCGCCAUUAGCGAGGAGGGCACCGUCGAUUUGUACCUGUCGGAUAUGGUCCUCGAGGUCGAUCUGCCAGCCGAAUUUGUCAGGCCACAGGAUGCGAACGUGCACGCGACGCCGCAAAUCAGAGUACCUUUUACCGCCAUUGUAAAUGCUCUGAGGGAUUCAUGUCACUUAGUGGCUGAGCAGACCCGCCAACCUCCUCGACGUCGGCAUGGCCCCGAACAUAAAUCCAACAAGAGGGGUAAAAAAGCGGCAAAGGAGCUACGAGACCGAGACCGAAAAAUCCAGGCGCUAGAAAGACAGAUUGAAGAGAAGGCUGUUAAGCGUCGGAGAGAUGAUCGGAAGCGUCAGAGAGAUGAUCGCAAGCAUCAGAGAGAAGAACGAAAGCGCCAGAGAGAGGGACAGGAGUGUCUAAAAACGGAACAAGAGCGCCUGAAGAGGGAACAGGAACGCCUCAGGAAGGACCAGGAACGCCUGAGGGAGGGCCAGGAACGCCUGAGGGCGGACCAGGAACGCCUAAGAGCGGACCAGAAACGCCUGAAAGAGCAACAGGAGAGGAGGCGCGAGGACAAAAAGCGAAUUGCGGAAUUGGAUUAA